AUGUCCGAGGUCAACAGAACUCCUCGAAGAAAACCUCCCCCGCCUUUAGGCGAUGACGCCUCACCACACACUCACUCUUCAGAAGAUCCCAGUGUUAACAGAGUUGUUUCGGAGAUUCGUUUUGAAUAUGAGGAUCCUAAUCUAGCACCAUUUCUUGCUUAUAGCGCGAAAGAGCCUACAUUGCCGCCUCUAGAUAUCACAGUUGAACGGCCCCCAGACGAAUAUGCAGAUACAACCUAUGAUGAACUGAUAUUGAAUUUCACAAGCGCGAGAGCCAAAGGUCCUCAAGAUCUCCCGCCUGACCCUUACUUUGUCCCAGAAACUAGUUUUCUCGAGGAGGACGAGCGCUCAUUCUUGCAUCAAUCACCAAUGGAGACACAUGGGUAUUUAUUGAGCCCAAGAAGAGGGUCACAUUCAUCGAAACGAUGGUCUGGAUCCGCAAGAAAAUUUCAAAAUCUACUGCAGCGUGGAACUUCGCCUGCGGGGUCUCGAGAAUGGGAUCGACUUGGGAGUCCACAUCUGUAUGAAAACUCACCUAGUCCAUCUAACUCUCGCAACAAUCUCCCAUAUCCAGCCGAUGAGAUUAAUUUAUCUAAUGAAAGCGAUUUGUCUCCAGAUAUAUCGAGCUAUUACGAGUUGAAAGAUCCCACUCAACUGACUCCCACCCAAAUCCCUUCACUUGUGAGCCACGACUCAAUUCAAAAGCCCAGCAUAGAUAUACCUCAAUCUAAUAUUCUGCAGAAUAGUUACUAUUUUAUGCAGAGCUCUCCACCACUUUUCCAAACAUCAGUUGCCUCUUCUCCUGAACUGCCGAAUCGUUUCAUUCGAACUAGUGCAAGUAGCUCACCGAUCAGACAUCUUGGCCAUCGGCGAAGCAGUGGGGAUAUUUUCUCACCUAUAGCUGAUAAUUCGAGCAGUCCAUCAUCUUCUCCUAGGAAAUAUACCUCCCUGAAGCAUUUGAACAACUCCACAGAAGAUGAGAGUAUUUUUGAUCAAUAUGACAACCAUGGUGAAGAGCGGUUUCCGGAAUGGAGCUUGAUAGAGCAUGCAGAACUGUACUUCUAUGAUGAACAGCUGGACUCGUUCACAGAACCAUACGAUUUUGACUAUUCAAAACUACCAGAAUUGCCAAAUGUCUCAAUGCAUACAAAGACAUCUUCAGACGCAUUGUCUCUGUUCAUUAGCAAACAGAUCCCGCCACCAGCACUUAAAGCAUCAGUAAGCUCUAAAAAAUAUGGAGACCUCCCGCCAGUCCCAAUGGACCUCCCGUCUCUCGAAUUUUCAGCUUCCUCACUCAUGGCAGGCCAUUUUCAAGAAUGCCGUAAUGUUUGGUCUCUAUCAGAAAUCUCGAAUUGGUGCCUAAAGUUUAGUGGUUGGGUCAAUGAUCAAAGUAUUUCGAGUAAGGAUUUUGAAAAGGUUCUUACGAAACUUCUUGUUUUUCACAAGCCAAAUCUUUCCGUGGAUGUGAUUGAGCGCAAUGUCAAGCAUUUAUUGAUGAGGCUUACCGAAACUGGACUUGUUGUGAAAUCUGGCGAAGAAGAUAAAAGAACUUGUCCUAUAACUUUCCGGCCCUCUAGUAUACACAUUUCCACAGGAGUUCUCGUUGAAUUGUGUCCAUGUUAUUGUCGAGAAACUGACUUCGUGUCUAAUUCCUAUCAAAUUAGUUGCUACUCCUCUCUUUGUCCCAUCAACAAGCGGAUAGCACAUGAAAACUUCAUGAAUGAGGCAGUGGCUGAUGACAUCAUUUUAUCAAAUGAUUGGGCAAACCAUUGGGGUCUCACUGCUCAUGAAAUUAGCCUUGACCCAAGUGGCUCCAAGAAACAAUCACUCCUAUUCGAUCUAAUUAAAUUUGAACAGACCUUUCUCAAUAGGGCCAAUUUAUUCAUUGGGAUAGCAGGUCCUGAGUUUAUACGAUGCGCAACCUUACUAUUAGCGCAAAACUCGUCCAUGACGAUGCUGAAAAUGAAGACAGAUAUCUUGAAUUCUGCGAAAGCUUUAGCUGCAAUUCAUCAUUCCGAACUACUCAACCCCUUGAAGAACAUCUUGAUAUCGGAGGGGAAAUUUAUUCGAAACGUUAGAGAGAUCGCUGACGUCUACUUUGCAUGGUCAAAGUUAGUAGAAGAACCCCUUCAACAAUACAUGAGCGUGCUCCCGACGAUAGAGGAUAUUUUGAGCUAUGAGGUCUUCAAGGGAUGGGAUUUAAAUAUUCUGAACGAUCCUCGCAUGAGAGAGCAGCAAGUGAAUGGCAAUUUACUCCUCAUUAGCACCUUCAAUUCCAGAUAUCAACAACUCCCACUUCAGCUUGCGGACGUGAGAAAGUUUUUUGAAGAAGAUGACGAAGAGUACAUUAAAUUGACUAAAGCUAUCGACAGUAUCAAGCUGCUUGGAGCAAAGGCAAACGAGAUGAAGGUACUUGCUGACAAUGUCCAUCUCCUCAAGCAAGUGGAGAAGCAUUUAGCCUGGAAAUCCAAUAUGUUCAAGGUGAAUUUAAAUCUAUCUUCACCGAACAGAAAAUUCUAUUUCAGAGGUGAUCUAUUUAGAAAGGGAGAUCUCAAGAUUAAUACAACUGCGGUUCACGUUAUUGUCCUUGACAAUUAUGUAUUAAUUACUGAAAGGCAAAGAUCAAACAAGGUUUCCACAUUCAAGGUCACUGAAAAUCCCAUACCGCUCCAAUUUCUUUUAUUCGAAAACAGAGAGUCUGAUACACAAUUGAACCGGACAGCAACACCUCCUACUGUUGGAAACCAGCCCUGCGAAAUCGAGGAAGAUUCUCAAGCCUAUUCUUUUAAGAUUCGUUACGCUGGAAGGGGAAAGAGUCAAGCACAUACCCUAUUCGCGAAGUCUGAGACGGAACGGAAGAAAUGGAUAUCAGUUUUUCUUCAAGCCCGCUUUGGAGUUGUUAAAAGAUUUGAUGCAGUCAACCCAUUUGGGGUGGUACUGCUAGAAGAUUCAUUCUUUGCUUAUGACCAAAACUCUAAGAUCACUAAGCUCCCAAUUUUAGCUUCAAAUGACCCUUUACUGGCAAUCACAAAAAAUUCAAGAGAUCAUCUCAAAGAUCGCAGAGUUCCUGCUGAUUUGUAUAGUCCCUCUAUAUCAAGAGCACAGCUACUUUAUACCCAAGGCACUUGUUCAGAGACUUUUACAUACCGAAACAGUUUUUUCAUGUUUUUAGGGCUGCAUUCCGGAGUUUUGUGCUCCGAUGGCAAGAAUUUAUGGAAGAAGAUCGUCAAUUUGAAUAACGUGACAAAACUCUCCGUCAUCCCAGAGCUAAGUGUCGUUUUAGUCCUCGCAAACAAAGAGUUGCGUUACUACCCUCUUCAAUCUUUGAUCGAUGUAUACUACGAGCGCAAAGAACGAUUAUCUUCGUUUUCAUUGACAAACGGUGCCGUCCUCUUUUACGAAUACGGGCGCCAUAAAGAAGUACCCACGCUUUUUGUUGCGAGGAAGAAGAACUCAGGAACCACUACUUUUAAAGUUUUUGCUUUGGAGACAGACAUGAAUGGAAUUUUGAGCUCAUUUUCAGUGAUCAAGCGUUUCUACAUCCAAGCCGAAUGCUAUGGCUUAUCAAUUUUUAAUACUUCAAUUGCGGUUCAUACUAAUCGGGGCUUCGAAAUCCUUGAUUUGGACAAGUUAGUACCCAGAACAGUUCCUGAGCUACCACCUCAGGAGCUGUCAUCUAAAAAACUCGAUGCGUAUUCCAGAAAGAAGGACACUCGGGUAACUGAGCAGAUACGAAAAGCACUAGCUCAUACUACUCCAAUGGGCAUGUAUAAACUCUCAAACAACAAGGAGUUCUUGUUGGUUUACGCUGAUUGUGCCGUUUUUGUCAACAAAAAUGGAAAAUUGUCACGGAAGUCGAUGAUAUGCUUUGACUUCAGACCUCGCCACUGUGCAUUUCUCAAUAAUCACCUUGUGUUAGUGUGCGAAGAAGUCAUUGAAGUUUGGUCAAUAAGCGACUUUACUAGCGGAGCAAAUACUCUAGUUCAAGUGAUUCCUGGCAAAGAUAUUCAGAUGAUGAACAACAAAAGUUUUGAGUUUAGAUGUGCGAAUCCGAAAUUGGCAGGUCUUCAAGUUUUGUUUCGGCUAAUCCCAAAAGAAGAGUUGUUCUCGGCUGCAAAAUCUGCCGAAUAUAUGCCUGCACAGUAG